AUGAAAAUGAUGAAUCAAGGUAGUCACUACAACAAAAAUUCUUCUGCAAGUACUAAGCCCGAUUUCAAUAAAAACACUUUACGUAAACAUAUUUCCCGCAGCAUCCUAGAAUGCUUUUUAUCCAUAGGGACAAUCCCUGGCAAACACGCCAGUAACAAAUCGAGUUAA